CAAAGGACACGCCCUCAAGGAAAAAAUGUUACAUAGAAGACCCCCCUCAAAAUGCAGUCCUGUGUAUGAUGUUUCAUUUUUGGUCACAACUUGUGAAUCACUCUGUAUGUCUACAUCACUUUGUAAUAUUAUUUCUAUCUAUUUGCUACCUAAUCAUAUUUAAGUUCCUCAUAUUUUGUAGUACUUGGCGGCGGGCGCGGAUCCGCGCUUCUGGCUGAUAUAAACUCACAAGACUGUGGUGUUGUCAAUUUCCCACAGAAAAAUCUUUAAUAGGGUUUCAAGACAUGUUUCGUGUUACUGCACGAAAAAAAACGAGAUAGAAGAAGAAAAUGUAUAUAUGAAAUAGUUUUCAAUUACACAACGCACAUCCAAUAGGCUUACGACGCGAAUCCGCGCUUCGCUUGUGCAGCGCCUAAAAUCGUUUAGCCGCUACCGUGCGCGCGGCGCGAGGCAGGUCGCAGCGAACGUGUUAAACAACUGUUCUCCCUUAUGAAGUUGCAUUAUAAAAAGACUGGCAGUACACUAACAUAGAUAAUAAAAUUGUUAUU